UAUCAAAUGCAAGGAUUAUUAUUAUUAUUACCAAUAGUGCAACCUGUUCUUUUAUUUGUUCCUUACAGAUGAUGAGUGAACCGUUUGACUGUCACCACUGUAAAGAGUCUCUGUACGGAAGGAAGUACAUCUUAUCGGGAGAGCAGCCUCACUGUAUCCCCUGCUAUGACACCAUCUUUGCAAACACCUGCGAUGAGUGCAAAGAGCCCAUCGGACAUGAAGCUCGGGAGUUGUUUUACGAAGACCGGCAUUACCACGAGCAUUGUUUCCGGUGCUAUCGCUGUGACCGAUCCCUGGCAGACGAGCCAUUCACAUGUCAAGAGGAAGAAUUGUUGUGCAAUGAUUGUUACUGCAGUGAAUUCUCCUCCAAGUGUGUUGCUUGUGACAAGGUUGUGAUGCCAGGCACUCGGAAACUCGAGUACAACGGCAGCACCUGGCACGAGAGCUGCUUUAUAUGUCACACGUGUGAGCAGCCCAUAGGCUCCAAGGCCUUUAUUCCAAAUAAGGACGACAUCUACUGCGUGCCGUGCUACGAGAACCACUUCGCUCCUCGAUGUUUUCACUGCAAGAAGGCCUUGACCAAAGGCGGUGUGACUUACCAUGAUGAGGCGUAUCACAAAGAGUGCUUUGUCUGCAACGGGUGCAACACUCCGCUGGCUGGCCAGCACUUCACGUCUCGUGAUGACUCCCCGUACUGCCUGGCCUGCUUUGGGAGUCUGUACGCCAAGAAGUGUGCAGCGUGCAGCAAACCUAUCACAGGUUUCGGUGGAGGGAAAUACAUUUCUUUUGAAGAUCGUCAGUGGCACCAGAGCUGCUUCUCAUGCUCACGAUGUGAAGCCUCACUGGUCGGGAAGGGCUUCUUCCCCGAGAAGGACGACAUCCUCUGCCGUGAGUGUAACAGUGAUUUGUGAAGCCGGGCGGCUCUCACACCAGCUCCACACCUCAGUCUCUAGUCACACGGCACAGCAGCAUUAGGCCGUUCAAAGCACAGUUUGUAACCAGCAAAAGCAUUUUCUUUCUCUGUUUCACUUUUUUAGUAACAUUUUUAUACGUGAAUAAUUUGUACAGUAAAUUACCAGCUUGUUCCCCCCCCUAACCAGGUCUCUCUGUCUUUCCCUGCGAUAAGACGCAGUGUUUGGUGGUUGAGUUUAAUGAGUGCAGCCAAGGUCCAAGUUAGCUGUGGGUUUGCCUUGUCAAUUCUUAACCACUGAGUCAGCCUUUCUCUCCCAAUGGCUCAGCUGGUGAUACAGUGAAACUGUAAAGAUUGUCUGUGAUUGUCAGGUUAGUCUCAGCGCUCCUGGGCUGGAGGGGGGGCCACAGUCAACUGUGUGUCUGGCUGAGGCAGGUUGGCACCCAGCUUGCUAACCCUCGCGCUCCGGGUGUGUGUCUAUGUGUGUGUGUUUGUCGGUGUCUGUGUGUGUGUUUAAUGCUCGGAGCUUGGAGCCAGCCUCACUGAACACCUCACCCUUUACGGUGAGGAGCGUUAAUGAGAGCCCUGCUCACGGGGUGAUUGCUGAGGGCUGCCCAGUAUCCUGCUGGUGAUUUCAGAAAAUAGUUAGCUUUCUGACCAAAAGGCAGAAAAUUAUGCAGAUGCUGGAAAUCUGAAAUAAAAACAGAAGUGGCUAGGAGCACUGAGCAGGUCAGGCAGUGUCUAUGGAGAGAGGAAAGUCAGUUAACAUUUCAGGUCUCUGACCAUGUCUGAGGUGUGUUUAUUCAUUGAGUAUUGGCCUGAGAGAUACAGAAAGGCUGCGCAGUGACUUAAAAUGAUCAAAAAUUCCCGAAUGCCUUUGACUUUCUGUUAAUGAACCAAACAAGCCAAACAAGGUUGGUCUCUCACUGUUAUGACUUGAAAGCUCAGUCUGUUUGGACUAAAAUGAAAUGUGUGAGUACAAGCUGUGCUGGGAAUCUGGCAGAUCCGGUGCAGCAGACCCAGAUCAUUGUGUUUCCCUGUAACUGUCUAGACAGGGGCUUUGAGAGGAGGAGGUAGGGAACUCAAUGGGAGGAACAUUUCAUUCAAAGUCGACCAAAGCUGUGACUAUUGCCUAAUUUCGUUAAAGACUACACCUUUGACUGCCUUAAAUUGGAUGUACAGUAUUUCGAACUUCCCUUGAGCUCAUCGGCAAAAAGCCCUCAGAUUCAUAUUCAGUUCAGCUGUGACGAUCAGAGCUGAACAUUGCUGUAGUUUGUCUCAGUUGGUAGCUCUGGCCUCCAGCUCAGUGGUAAUGGGUUUAAGCCCCAAACCUGAGCUCGGAAUGGGGCUAACGUCCCAAUUCACGACAGGAGGCAGUGUUGGACUGUUUCAGACACCACGUGGAGUCAAGGUCCCACCUGCCUGCUCAGGAGGAUGUUAAAGAUCCAGCGACUAUUCAGAACAUGAGGGGACCUGCGUGUCCUGGCUCACAGUCCUCCAGAUUGAUUGACCAACAGCUAUUGUGGAGCCAUGCUAGAGCCUUAUUUCCCUCGGGAUGCCCUCCUCUGACUCUGCUUUCAGAUUUAACAGCUGACCUGAAAUGUUUUUUUCACAUUCAGAAGGGAACAGUUGUGAAGAUGUCUUAUCUGUAGGUCAUACAGUGGCGGCUAGCUGAGUGUUUCCAAUCUCUUGACUUUUCUGUUAGCUAAAGUUACUGAGAAUGUCUGGCCUGUUGUACAGACUCCCGGCUGGUGACAAUGUGCAACUGAUCAGGUGUCAGUGAGGAGGGUAAUGGUAGAUUGCACAUUGCCUGUGGGCUCAGAGCUGUGCUAUUGUAGUCGCUCUCACUCAUCUGUUCCCUUCCCUUUCUCAGCCCCUUACCCAUCUCACCCCUUCCACCACCACCCACCGUAAUGUACAGCAAUUCCGUCCCCCUGAGCAGACGCUUGUUUGAGACGGGAAAUAAUCUUGUUUCCUUGAGACAUUCCCACCAACGAAAAUGAAAUACAUCAAGAAAUGUGCGAUUGUGACCAGAGACUCGGGGAGCAGGCGAGGUCAGGACGGUACCACAUGAGGGGCAUUGCGUGACUGUUGUGUGGUAUUAAAUGCACAAUUCUGCAGCUAAUGAUAAACCAAUAAUGUUCGCUCAUAGAUGCUCUUAUGUAGUGGCUGAGAUGUUGACUGUUUCCCAGUGCAGCCUGACCACAAUUCAUUGCCAAACUUUGUGUGUGUGUGUCUGUAUGUCUGUGUGUUUGUGUGUCUGUAUGUGUGUGUCGGUCUGUGUAUGUGUGAGUGUAUUUUCUCCUUUUUUUAAGUUUAUCACAUGCUUAUAACCAAAUAUUAUUGGGAGCAGUGGGUCAGCCCCACAAAUCAACAGAGUUUACAUAUAACAAAAUGUUAUGCAUGUUGUUUUGUUAAUUUUUUAUAUUAUUAAUCACUUACGCAUAAAUGUUCCCAUCUAACCUGAUUGUGAAGCUUUGAUGCUGUGAGUCAGUCAGAGUGUACAGUCUCAUUGUUGGAAUGUGAGUUGUGAAGCAGGCAGCUGUGGGCCUGACUGACUUUGAUUUUCCUGUUGUUGCACAAUAAACAUUUCACAAGACAA